UGCACGCGCUGUGAAAUCCUGUAAAACUUCGCAACGUAAUGAACGCGCGACGCUUCAGUUUUCCGUCUCACUCCGUGGUACACCAUUAAAUCUGUCGGACACGGGUUAGUGAUCGAAGUGUGCUUCUGAACCGGUUCGUUUGUGAAGUAUUUUUUUACAUUAAAUUAAAUUGUGAAUAAAGUAACAAUGAUUACCAGAGGCGUUACCAGUCAUAUUCGAUCUCAAGUUAAGAAACAAUUCAUCUAUUUGUCACUAGCCAGGCAACAAUCAAACACCGCAAAUGUCAACUACAAGCAAGUCCAAGUGGACUAUAAACCAAUCAGAAGCGUAUUGGUGGCCAACAGAGGUGAAAUUGCCAUUCGUGUAUUUCGAGCAUGUACAGAAUUAGGAAUCAAAUCAGUAGCUAUUUAUUCGGAACAAGACAAGAUGCACAUGCAUCGUCAAAAAGCUGAUGAAUCUUAUCUAGUCGGUAAAGGUUUACCUCCAGUCGAAGCUUAUCUAAAUAUUCCAGAAAUCAUUCGUGUUGCCAAAGAAAACGAUGUUGACGCCAUUCAUCCCGGUUAUGGAUUCUUGUCAGAAAGAUCAGAUUUUGCUCAAGCAGUUGUCGAUGCUGGUAUCCGCUUCAUUGGCCCUUCUCCCUAUGUUGUGCAACAAAUGGGUGACAAAGUAGCCGCCCGACAAGCAGCCAUCGAUUCUGGUGUGCCUAUUGUACCCGGUACCCCUGGACCAGUCACUACAACCGACGAAGCUAUGGAGUUCUGUCUUAAACACGGUCUGCCCGUUAUUUUCAAAGCUGCCUACGGAGGUGGUGGAAGAGGAAUGAGAGUUGUACGGAAAAUGGAGGAAGUGAAAGAAAAUUUCGAACGAGCCAGUUCAGAAGCCAAAGCUGCCUUCGGAAAUGGUGCCAUGUUCAUUGAAAAAUUUGUUGAGAGACCAAGACACAUCGAAGUCCAGUUGUUGGGUGACAAAGCUGGUAACGUUGUUCAUCUUUAUGAAAGAGAUUGCUCUGUUCAGCGUAGACAUCAAAAAGUCGUCGAAAUUGCCCCAGCACCUCAUCUAGACAUUAAGGUCAGAAAUCAAAUGACUGAUUAUGCUGUGAAAUUGGCCAAACAUGUUGGUUACUCGAACGCCGGAACUGUCGAAUUCUUGUGUGAUGAAAAAGGCAACUUUUAUUUUAUCGAAGUAAACGCUCGAUUGCAAGUAGAGCACACUGUUACCGAAGAAAUCACCGGUAUCGAUUUAGUACAAUCUCAAAUCCGAGUAGCCGAAGGAGUCACGUUACCCGAAUUGGGCAUCACUCAGGAAAAAAUUCAACCCCAAGGAUAUGCCAUCCAAUGCCGUGUCACCACCGAAGAUCCCGCUAAAAGCUUCCAACCUGAUACUGGAAGAAUCGAAGUAUUCAGAAGCGGAGAAGGUAUGGGUAUCCGUCUCGAUGGAGCUUCAGCUUUCGCCGGUGCCAUAAUUUCCCCCUAUUACGACUCUUUGUUAGUAAAAGUUAUCGCCCACGCUGCCGAUUUACCAGCCAGUUGUUCAAAAAUGAGCAGAGCAUUGCGAGAAUUCCGUGUUCGUGGAGUCAAGACCAAUAUUCCAUUCUUGUUGAAUGUAUUGGAGAACCAGAAAUUCAUCAAUGGUGCGGUAGACACGUAUUUCAUCGAUGAAAAUCCUCAAUUGUUCUCCCUUCAACCGUCUAAAAACAGAGCUCAAAAAUUAUUGAAUUAUUUGGGACAAGUGCUGGUCAACGGACCUUCGACGCCAUUGGCAACUGGCCUGAAACCCGCCGAAGUUAAUCCAGCCGUGCCGGAAAUUUCAAUCGAUUACAGCCGAAAAAAAGCCGCCGAAGAAGCUGGAGAAGAGGUAUCAGGACCCGAACCGCCGAAAGGAUUCCGUGAUAUUUUGAAAAAAGACGGCCCUGCUGCGUUCGCCAAAGCUGUUCGUGAUCAUAAAGGACUAUUGUUGAUGGACACCACGUUUAGAGAUGCUCAUCAAUCGUUACUGGCCACUCGAGUCCGAUCCCACGACUUAUUGAAAAUCUCUCCUUUCGUGUCGUAUAAAUUUAACGAUCUGUAUGCGUUGGAGAACUGGGGAGGCGCAACUUUCGACGUAGCUUUACGAUUCUUGCACGAAUGUCCUUGGGAAAGAUUAGAAGACAUGAGGAAAUUGAUCCCUAAUAUUCCAUUCCAAAUGUUGUUGAGAGGUGCUAACGGAGUUGGUUAUACUAAUUAUCCGGAUAAUGUUGUCUUCAAAUUUUGCGAAUUGGCUGUACAAUGCGGUAUGGAUAUAUUCCGUGUUUUCGACUCGCUGAACUAUCUUCCAAAUUUGAUUGUUGGUAUGGAAGCUGCUGGCAAAGCUGGCGGUGUUGUUGAAGCCGCUAUCUCUUACACCGGUGAUGUUUCCGACCCAACCAAAACUAAAUAUGACCUCAAAUAUUACCAAAACUUAACUGACGAACUGGUCAAAGCUGGAACUCACGUUUUGUCCAUCAAAGAUAUGGCUGGUUUAUUGAAACCUCGUGCUGCUAAAUUAUUGGUAUCCGCCUUGAGAGAGAAACACCCAGACUUACCUAUCCAUAUCCAUACCCACGAUACCAGCGGUAAUGGUGUAGCCUCCAUGUUAGCCUGUGCCGAAGCUGGUGCCGAUGUCGUCGAUGUUGCUGUCGAUGCCAUGAGUGGUUUGACGUCGCAGCCCAGUAUGGGAGCUAUAGUAGCUUCAUUGCAGGGAUCUAAACUUGACACGAACAUGGACUUGAAGAACGUAUCCGCCUAUAGCGCUUACUGGGAACAAACUAGAACGCUUUAUGCUCCAUUCGAAUGUACAACCACAAUGAAAUCUGGUAACGCGGAUGUGUACUUGAAUGAAAUUCCCGGAGGACAAUACACCAACUUGCAAUUCCAAGCUUACUCUUUGGGUCUUGGAGAUUUCUUCGAAGAUGUCAAGAAAGCGUACAGAGAAGCUAAUUUAUUAUUAGGAGAUAUUAUCAAGGUAACACCGUCUUCUAAAGUCGUUGGUGACUUGGCCCAAUUCAUGGUACAAAACAAACUCACCGCUGAUCAAGUGAGAGAAAAAGCCGAAGAAUUAAGUUUUCCGAAAUCCGUCGUUGAAUUCUUACAAGGAUCUAUUGGAGAACCUUACCAAGGAUUCCCAGAACCAUUCAGAUCCAAAGUACUGAAAGAUAUGCCAAGAGUAGAAGGAAGACCUGGCCAGAGCUUACCACCGUUUGAUUUCAAUAAAUUGAAAACUGAUUUAUCCGAUCGUUUCUCCGAUGUAACCGAUAAAGAUGUAAUGAGCGCAGCUAUGUACCCACAAGUCACCGAAGAAUAUUUAACAUUCCGCGAACAGUUCGGACCCGUUGAUAAAUUAGAUACGAGAAUUUUCUUAGUCGGGCCAAAAGUUGGAGAAGAAUUUGAAGUAACCAUUGAGAAAGGAAAAACGCUGGGAAUCAAAACCCUCGCUUUAGCCGAAGACUUGACGCCAAACGGUGAAAAAGAAGUAUUCUUUGAACUGAAUGGACAAUUACGUUCAGUUUUCAUCAGAGAUAAAGAAGCAUCAAAGGAAAUGCACAUCCACCCCAAAGCUUCAAAAAGUGACAAAAAUCAAGUAGGCGCUCCCAUGCCUGGAUCCGUAAUGGAAGUCCGAGUGAAACCCGGAGAUAAAGUAGAAAAAGGCGCUCCUCUAGUUGUAUUAUCGGCCAUGAAAAUGGAAAUGGUUGUACAAGCUCCUAAAGCUGGUGUUGUUAAAUCCGUCGAUGUAUCAGUAGGCAUGAAAUUAGAAGGAGACGAUUUAUUACUAUCGAUCGAAUAGGUAAUCACUUUCCAAUCGGAAUAUCUGUUUAGAUUUGUAUCAACGAUAAAUACCUAUACCUAGUCAUGGAAUUUUUGAAAUUAAGAACAAAACUUCCUCUUCAGAUCAAAUAGGUGGAAUUUGUUUCGAUAUUGUGGCUGUGUUGUUUACCAUUUUGUUUAUAUUUUGUUUUUUUUAAAUUUACAUUCCAUUUCUUGUAUUUUAUAUGAACAACUGUUUUCUUUAAUGCUUCGAGCCUUUAUUAAUUUUGCUCGUUAAUCCUCAUCGAAUUACCUAUUAUAGCGAUGCUUCGUUAAUUUUUAAUUUACACAUUUUUACGCAUUACCUACCUAAUAAAUAAUAUAGCCUAAUUAACGCGCGUUUGAUGGUGAAAAAAAAACGCAAAAAGCUUAUCCAUCAUUAUCUUCCGUUGGUUACCUAAAAUUGGAAAAGUUACGUUUAUUUGCAAUAGUUACCAAAUUUUUCCACUACCCCAAUCAAUUGAAAGUUCAUAAGAUGAAAUAACGUGUUUAAGCUUUUUGAAUCGAUUCAGUCGACGAAAACUCUCAAGAAUUAUCAUGUUGUUGGUACAUGAUUCUGUGAUAUGCACCAAAACUAAUGUACAUUGUAUAUUUUUGUAAAAAAAAAAUAAAUUGAAAGAUUAAUUUAUUACAAAUUGAUGAAAAUCUUACGUUAUUGGAAUCAAUUUUUUUCAAUACCCUCGUUUUAAGAUUAAUGUUAAGUCGAAAAUUAAUGUGGUGGAUAGAGCCAGGGUUUCCAGUAAUGUUUAUCAAAACGGUAACUUUAUGCAUUUUUAAAUUUUAAAUCAAUAAUCUUUCAAUUCCAAAUUAUAAGAUAGGUAUAUCGCACCUCGGGAGUAAUAAGGUGACAUCUCAAAAAAGUGAAAUUUUACAGGAGUGAUUUUCUUUUUUUAAAAAACUUGAUUCAUUAUUUUCAUCAACUUAUAAUUAAUUGUGAGGAAUGAAUAGCACCUCAUUUUAAAGAUCUGGUAUCCUACCUUCAUUUACAUAAGAACACUUUGAAAAAUAAAAUCUUAAAGAGGAAAUAUUUCAAUGGUUGGAAAACAUUUUGAGUUAGAACCUUUCAUUAAAGUUGAUGUGGAGGCGAAAGGAAGCGUCCAAAAAAAUUUCAUGUUAAAAAAGUUGUAGAGAAUUAAAUUUCCAAACGACAUGUCGUUAGUUUUUUUCUAGAGUGCUUAGUUUUUGAGUUUUUCUCAAAAAACUAAAAUUUCAUUAUAUGUGCAAAUUCAUUUUUCUGAAAAGUGAUCAAUUUAAAAAUGUUUUUCCAUUUGGUACAAACCAAUAAAAAUGCACUCCUUGUGACUAUUUCUAACUGACAAACAUUCAAAACAAUCAAAACUGUUUGUUAACACUUUGCAUGUACGAAAUUUGCUCAAAAAAGGUGGAGUUUUUUGAGAUGUCACCUUAUAACUCCAAACAACUUGCAAUGUUGUUGGGAUUUUGAGUUAGGCCAUUUGGGUUUUUUACAUGAUCUAGAUAAUGUACCCAACUCAAAGUGUUAUUUUUGGUUGAGGGGGGUCAUACAAGCCCCAAAAAUGCAAAAACAUCAAAAUCAAUUUUUUUUGAGAUGUCACCUUAUUACUCCCGAGGUGCGAUAUGUAGUAGAGCAUUUUUGUUUACGUUUAAACAAAAACUUUCUGUGAUACCUAAUUGUUUUUUGUUUUUUUGUUCUUUUUUUUCAUUUUACUUUUAUUUUUUGAUAUAGGCGAGAAAAGUCUUGUAAGCCUAAAUUAAUUCGGUAGGUAUGUUUUCUCUACGUUUUUUUGGUUCUACUUUAAAAGAAAUUUUUAAUGUAUUAUGGUUACCUUUUUAAUGUGUACUUACCAUGUUCGUAGAUUUAAAAGUUUAAUUUGUAUUAUUGGUGAUUAAUUUUAAAUUUUAAAGAAUAAGAUGUAAAUAAGUCGUAAAUUUAGGCCAGUGAUGUUAAUUCUAGUUACCAAAAUAAAUAUGUCGUUUUUCGUUUAUUA